UCCUUUUCCUUUUCCUUUUGCUUUCCGCUCCAUCCCUAUCCCUCGAUCUCCCCUCCUCUCCAUUUCGGUCAUUCCCUCACAGAGGCACGUUCAUCGUUCAUGGAAGCUCUCAAAAAAUUAAACCAGAAAACCUGAAAAGAGAAUCAAAUGUGGCUGGCAGCGAUAACAACAACACCAUAAGAUGAAAUAAAUCGAAAAAUGUGCCUCCUUCUCCGCCGUACUCCUCGCUCUCCUUCCAAUUCAGGUUGGUUAUGAUCAACUAGAGGUGCCACCAUGUUCGACGGAGAAAUCUCACUUGUUUGGAGGCUGAUGACCAGUUCCGAGUCAUAUGGCCCAUUUCUUUUCCGGUGGUUCUUAACUGCAGCAUUGAGUGUUCUCGCUCUUGCAUAUGCAAUACUAAUAUGGCAAAGAAAGACAUCACUGAAUUGGGUUAAAGCAGCUGCUAGAGCAAAGAAAGAAGCAUGGAGGAAACUGAAUGUUCCUAGAUCAUCCCAUUCAUGGAUGGAGGAUUUAGCACAGAUUCGACUGCCUUCCACUUGCUGUGUUUGCCUCACUUCCUUAGUUUCUCCAACUAAUGCGUCAAAAUCUGCGUCCCACAGUACCUCCUCUGUCCAUCGUUGCUCUGUUUGUGGUGUUGCUGCUCAUUUCUACUGUUCAGAGUUUGCUGCAAAGGAUUGCAAGUGUGUUGCCCAAGCUGCCUUCAUUCAAGUCCAGCAUCAGUGGUCAGAGAGGUGGUCUAAAAUGGAGGAAAUCUCGGAGAUGUCUGCCUUUUGUUGUUACUGCGAUGAUCCUUGUGGUGUUCCUUUCGUUACUGACUCGCCCACAUGGCAUUGCCUAUGGUGUCAGCGGCUUAUACAUGUCAAGUGCCAUGCUAAGUUGUCAAAAGAAUCUGGAAAUAUUUGUGAUCUGGGUCCUCUAAGUCGGAUUAUUCUCUCUCCACUUUGUGUGAAGGACCUAGAUGAUAAAGGGUCUUCAUGUUCUACCCCAGAGGAAAUCCCAGCUUUCACAUUUCGGGGACAGAUGAAAAGGAGACGUACCCGGGGUAAAAACGGAAACAAUCACUCUGCCAACGGUAAGUUGCAAGAUGCAUCAUCAGCUACAACUAAGGCCCUGGAUUAUUUACUAAAUGGGCUUGUUAAUCUGAAGAAAUCCGGAAGUGAGAAAGCCGGCAACAAUCGCUCCAAAAGAGAUGGCAGAUCUAAUGGUCCAGUUAAUGGAUUAACACACAAGAAAGAUGGAACUACUUUCAACAGUCAACUUAAAAGAUAUGCUUUGGUCAAUCUAUCUCAAGAUGCAAGACCCCUUCUUGUCUUUAUUAAUUUCAAGAGUGGAGGGCAACUUGGGUCUUCUCUUCGAAGUAGGCUGAACUUGCUGUUAAAUCCAGCUCAGGUGUUUGAACUAAGUUCUUCUCAAGGGCCUGAGGCUGGUUUACAGCUGUUCAGUGAUGUGCAGUAUUUCAGGAUUCUGGUUUGUGGUGGAGAUGGCACAGUUGCAUGGGUCCUUGAUGCAAUCGAGAGACAUAAUUUUGAAUCCCCUCCCCCAGUUGCUGUGCUUCCUCUUGGCACUGGGAAUGAUUUGUCAAGGGUAUUGCAGUGGGGGAGAGGUUUCAAAAUGGCAAAGCGACAAGGUGGCCUAUGUGCUAUCUUGCAUGAGGUUGACCAUGCUGCAGUUACAAUGCUAGAUAGAUGGAAAGUAAAUAUUAUAGAGGAGAACCUAGAAGCUGACACAAAGAACAUACAGUCAAAGUUCAUGAUUAACUAUUUAGGGAUUGGGUGUGAUGCUAAACUAGCGUAUGAAUUUCAUGUGACUCGGCAGGAAAAGCCUGAAAAAUUUAGCAGUCAGUUUGUGAAUAAAUUACGAUAUGCUAAAGAAGGUGCAAGGGACAUAAUGGACAGAGCUUGUGCAGAUUUGCCAUGGCAAGUGUGGCUUGAAGUUGAUGGAAAGGACGUUCAGAUACCAAAGGAUACUGAGGGUUUAAUUGUCCUGAACAUUGGCAGCUACAUGGGUGGAGUAGAUCUUUGGCAAAAUGAUUAUGAGCAUGAUGAUGAUUUUACCCUGCAGUCCAUGCAAGAUAAAAUGCUUGAGAUUGUAUGCGUUCGUGGAGCGUGGCAUCUAGGGAAAAUCCAGGUUGGACUAUCACAAGCAAGGAGGCUAGCACAAGGGAACAUUAUAAGAAUACACGCUUCGAGUUCAUUCCCAGUACAGAUAGAUGGGGAGCCAUUCAUCCACCAACCGGGUUGCCUAGAGAUCAAACACGAUGGUCAGGUAAGGAAUUCUAAUUAUCCGAGAAUGAUGAACCAAACGUAUCAAGCGAUGACGUUUGGUGAAGUGUUCAUGUUGAGGAGAACACUAGAGGAGCCAAGAGGGCACGCAGUUGCGAUAAUGACUGAAGUAUUGGCAGACGCAGAGUGCAAAGGGAUCAUCAACACAUCGCAACGAAAAAUCCUGCUCCAGCAGUUGGCUCUCAACCUCUCCUGAGUUGGAAUCCAGAUGAGGAGUCCCUAUAUGGAGUCGGUCACACGGGCGUAUAAUUGAUUCCUAGAGUUUUUAGCCAGGCCCAACUGCCAAAUGACAUGAAAUUUGGUAGUUUGAAAGGAAAAGCAAAUGUGCAAAGAAAUAAACAAACAAGACAAAAGAAGUUGCGCUCAACUUGGAGCAGCAAGCAAACCGAACAGAAAGACAGACAAACGAGAGAAAAGGAAGGUGGAGUAGAUAGUAAGAACACAAACAUGACUCUAUCGGCACCAGACGAAAGCAUCCUCGGACAACAAGGAGCCAAAAUAAGGAAAAUACACUUGUAUAGCCAAAACUUUCGCUUUUGUGAUAAUAAUAGCAAAAUUUGAAG